GGCAAAUCAAUACACCAAACUGACUGUUUUGAAUUGAAACCGCGCAUGACGAUUCUGGCGAUUGGGCUCAAGGUGCUUGGUUCACGAUGAAGCAGUGCCUUGAGUUCGGAAGCUGUGCCUCAUCUUUUCAAGCCACAAGCGCAUCGAGGUCGGGGAAGCACGGCGUGGCAGAUAGGCUAUGGCAAGAUUUCCCUUGGAGUGACACUAGGUCAACUGCAAACUGUGGCAGAGGUGCGUUGACAUUUGACAGCUUUAACUCAUACCAGCAACAACAUGGCUGGCAGCAACAGCCAUCCCCGAACCAGCAACAACAUGGGUGGCAGCAACACCCGCCCUCAAACCAGCAACAAAACGGGUGGCAACAACACCCGCCCCCAAACCAGCAACAAAACGGGUGGCAGCAACACCCGCCCCCAAACCAGCAACAAAACGGGUGGCAGCAACACCCGCCCCCAAACCAGCAACAAAACGGGUGGCAGCAACACCCACCCCCAAACCAGCAACAACAUGGGUGGCAGCAGCAAGGAGGGUCACACCAACAGCCAGUCCCCACACAAAACUCAAACCCAACCAAUCAAAACCAGGAGGACACACACGUGAAGCACCAUGACAAAGAGUCGCCCAGCGAGCCAACGAUUGACAAGGACAAUGACAGCAACCAAGAUGAAGAUGCUGAGAAUGAGGCUGAUCCAGUACCAGAGCCGAAGGUCCCUGAAGCCUCCAAAAAGAAGCUUGAAGAGGAGAAGGUGAUGGAGACCAAGAAGGUGCAGAAGGAGGAGGCUGAGGAAAGAGAAAAGGCAGCAAAAAAGGAGGAUGAAGCAAACGAAAGAGAGGAAAUAGAGGAAAAAGCCAAGGAGAUGCUGAAGUCUUUACCACCGCUGCCAGAGGAUGAUCAGGCAAACCAUAGAAGCUGGGAGUCGCAGCUUUCAUCGAAGGAUGUGAAACAUCAAAUGGAAGCUAGUCGUGAGAUGGAUAAGCUGCGGGACAAACAGCAUGCGGGUGCGUUCUUUGUUCAGGGGCGACGUCCUGCCAGUGGUUUUCUGCACUUUGCAGACCCACAGGCUCCGCCGGGGCACUUUUCAUCGGAGAGUGCCAGAGCCAGUGCCACAGAAGAGGAGGACCACGCGAACCAUCGCAGUUGGGAAGCGAAGCUCACUGCCGAAGACCUGAAAAGUCAAAUGACAGCGAGUCGUGAGCGAGAUUCCUUAAGAGGAAAACCCCUGGCCGAAGCUGGAGGAAAUGAAGGAGCUGACGAAGGAGCUGGUGGUGCCAGUGGUGGAGCCAGUAGCGAAGGUAGUGGAGGGAUUCGAGGCAAACGUGGAGAAGGAAGGGGAGCUGCCAAGCGCUCCGCUGAUCUCACCGGUGAUGAGGACGAAGGUGAAAUGAAGGACAAGACGGAGGUUGAAGUCACAAAGGAACCAGGCGGAGCUGAAGCUGCCUCCAGAGUCGUGCUGCUGCCCGUGGUAAGGCAGAUUGGAGAGUCUGUGGGUCUUCACAGCAGUCUCCAGAAUCACAUCACGACCUUUGACCUGGCUCUGAAGCACUCGCGCGCUCCAAAGUUCUUUUGUGGAAGAGAAGGAGCUCCAACACACGAGCUUCAACCGGACGAUCAUCCUGCCAUUUAUUUCCGCUUUCCGGUGAAGAAUGUCAACGUUGAGCUUACCAAUCUUGGCAAGAACGGUCAAGGUGAAAAGGAAGUGAUUUGGAGUGCAACAUACUCAUCAGACACGCCAAUCACCGGUGUCCCAGGGAACAUGCUGCCGGAUAGCGGUGACCAAAUUCGCUACAAGCCACCGUGUUAUGCUGCCAAAGCCAAGAACCGUGUGGAAUUGCGAGUGAUAGCAGACGACCCAAUCAGAGACACGCCAGAAGAAGUUCGUGCAGAGGCAGUCCACAAGAAGAUCACAGAUCGCAGCAUUGACGAAGUGGUCGACUUUCAGGUGCAACUCUUUGACCGAAACGACCCAAUCAUCAGUGCAAGGUCUGCAAGGGGCAGCAUGGCACCCGCCUCUUACCGCUAUGGAAGUGAACUGUCACAAUCUUCGCGGUAUGGACAAAGAGGGAUGUUUGGUCAAGAUGGAGGAGGUCCUGGUCGUGGCGAAGAUAGAGGCCCAGGAGCCGCUGGUGUUGGAGCCUUUGGCACUGCCGAGGAAGCUGAAGCCUACGGGGAGAUGCUCCGGGACCUUGUCAAGUACAAAAAGUAUCCUUACAUCGAAUCAGGAGCACCUUGGGUAUGGAUGCUGCCUCCAAUCAGGAAGAGGCUUCAAUCUUCAAGGAAGAAGUUGUUAUUGUUCCUCUAGCUCUGAUUUCAUGGACUGAGCCGCUCAAGCAACUGGCCUUGUUGCCGAAGCUACGCCGCUCUACUGCUCUGCCUCAAGCUAUUCAAGCUCAUGAAGCUGUCCACGAAGCUCGAGUAAAUGUUCUAAGUUGACAGACCUGGAGCCUCUUAGAGACGCAAAGCUGCCUCCUGCCGCUCUGGGCGAUUUGUAGGGAUUCUUCAUGAAGUCGGUGGCUCACAGUGGCACGCUGAUUGAUAGUGCACUGCGGAAAGAAA